GUUUUUCGUUUGAAUUUUGUAUCAUUGAACUUCAAUUUUCCAGUAAACUCCGAUUCUGAAUGGACGUCGCAGAUCUCAUCGAUUUUUCAACAGAAAUCGACAACCCGCCAAAUAAUGGGGGAGAACGAGUCCAGGAUCAUGUUCAACAAAGAGAAGUAGUCGUGGUUCAGCAAGACUUGUACGGUGAUGAUCAGGAAAUUGCGGGGAAUAGACAAAAUGAGAAAGCAAUUACGGAAGAAGAUGAAACUCUGGAGGAGCAUGAGGGGUUCGCUGACACACUUGGCACUCUCCACGGAUCCGGAACAGAUACUUGAAAUGUUGUUUAAGAUCAUUGAAGAAGAUCAAAUUCCGCGGACCAUUAAAUUGUUUAGUCCAAACAUACUGACGGCAUUAGCGACAACGAUUCCUGACACAGUUAAAUCCUUUGUACAGCAAGAUGGUCAAAUAGUUAAACUACCUCAACUCAUACGACUUCGCCAAAUUUGUAAAAGAAUGGUUGACAGUAACGAAGAAGAAAAAAUCAUAUUAAAGGAAGAGGGUAACGUGCGAGAUGAAAUUCUAUUAUUCAUCAACGCUAAGGAUCAAGAUCGAAGACUACCUCAAAAUGUUGUGAGCGAAAUUCAAACCAUGUAUUGCAAACUGAGCACAUGUACAUCACGGCGUGAGACUCUUAUACUACAAGAACAAGAUGAUCGAAAAAAUCUAUUGAGAGUUGGUUUCAAAAUCUACAACGAAUAUUAUGAAGUGCAUAAAAACGUACAACAGGAAGAUCUAUUGGAUUCUGAACAGCAAAGGAAGCUCGAUCACGAAACGGAGGUAAUUCGAUUUUGGGUAGAGUUGACUAGAUCGAUGCACAUAAAGGGACUGUCGAGAAUUGAUGAAUACGAACAUAAAUUGAAAGUGAGAGAUGAACCACAUUUCCGAAGUAAAGUUGAGAAAGCAAUGAAGACUGGAGGAUACGUCGGCAAAACACAGCCUCGAGAUGAAACGUUAUACGAGCGACGAUAUUCGAAAGAAUUUCAAGAAAAAGCUGACUUGGUAAUGGAGCAACAAAGAGUAGAUCACAGUAGACUUCGUCACGUGCUCAUCGAAAGUGAGAAAAUUGUGAAGAUUUGCCUGUUCCAAUAUGCUGCAAUAGUAAAGCAAAGUCAAAUUGACGGGUGCAUCAAAUUUCACGAAAUAACCACAAUUCUUGAUCAAAUGAUGUACUUUAAUUAUCCGGAACCUUAAAUUAGCAAUUAAAUUUACUUUGAACAUAAGAUAUUCAAAACCUUUUCUAAUUAUGUGUGGAUUUUAAUACUAUCUUGAGUUUAACUCUUCUACCUAAACUAUCACUAUUAUACCUAACUAUUAUACCUAAAGAUAAUCACUUUUAAAGGUUUCUCUAUGUGACUCUUAAAAUGCAAUAAAUUCUGUAACCUU